UUCUUUAUUCCUAUUUUUCACAACAACAAGAAUUAAAAGAAAACAAAAAACAAGAAACAUUUCUCAUCUGUCUCUCUCUUUCUCUCCUUUCAAGAAACGAAAUGGAUCGGCAAAAUUCCGAUGACAUUAUGAAAUUUCUCGACGGCAUGGCUAGCUCCGACGAUGUUCUAUUUGGUUUCCUUGACGAAGGUAACCAGUCACCGGAGGAUUAUAACUUCGCCGCCGGCGACGAAUUAGAAGCUGAUAACGACACCACCGAUUGUAAUUCUGAAGAGAACAUAAAAUUAUGGCAAGAACAAGAACAACUUCUCCAGGCGACACUGUAUAGGACAAGUUCAAUUGAGACAAAGAUCAGACAAGCAACCAAGGAAGCGUCAAAACUAAUUAGAUCAAAUGGUUUGGUAUGUGUCUGUCGAAGACCGGUGACCGACGGUUGCCGUAGCUGUUUGCGUGGCGAAAUAUCUCGCCGUCUACGAGACGCCGGCUAUGAUUGCGUCAUUUCCAAAUCCAAGUGGAGAAGCUCUCAUGAGAUCCCUGCUGGUGAGCAUGAAUUUUUGGAGAUCGUGGACAAAUCUAAGAAAGGCGAGAUCCGGGUGGUGAUUGAGCUAUGUUUUAGGGCGGAGUUUGAGAUGGCGAGAGGUAGCGAAGAGUACAAGCGACUCAUCGGAAUGUUACCGGAAGUGUACGUCGGGAAAACGGAGAGGCUAAAGUCAUUGAUAAAGAUAUUGUGCACGGCUGCGAAGAAAUGUAUGAAAGACAAGAAGAUGCACUUGGGUCCUUGGAGAAAACACAAGUACAUGCAAGCCAAAUGGCUCGGAACGUGCGAGAGGAAAUCUGUGUCGCCGGUUUCGGAGAUGGAGGAGGAUAGGUUUCCUGUGGCAAAGCAGAGGGUGUCUAUGUUGUGUUAUGGUCUUCUUGGCGCUGAAAUGGGCCGUCCGGCCGCCGUAGCGGUCGUCUGAUUAUAUAUAUAGACAAGUAAAAUUAGGGAGAAAAUAAAGUGAAAUGAGGUUCACUUGAGAGAUUUUGAGUGAAACGGUCUCAUCGAUGAUUUUGUCGUGUGUGCCCAAAACAGGGCAAUUUUUUUUUUUUUUGAUAAAUUAAAUAUUUUAAUGUAUGUAUAUUCAAAGGGGUUAAAAAAGGGGAGUAGGAGACGAUUUCCUCAUGUGAAUUUUGUUUGAAGUCAACACGGUUUUGCAAUAAAACACUUAACCCUUCUGUA